GCGCAGUUCAUUGUUUUGACUGAAAAUGCCGUCGGUUUCGAAAACGGCGGCCAAUGCGUCUCCUCAAACCGAGAAACCUACCCACUAUACAUACUUAAAGGAGUUCAGGACAGAGCAGUGCCCGUUGUUCCUCCAGCACAAGUGUACGCAGCACAGACCGUUUACGUGCUUUCAUUGGCAUUUUCUCAACCAGCGGCGAAGACGACCCAUCAGGAGGAGAGACGGGACUUUCAACUACAGCCCCGACGUGUACUGCACCAAAUACGACGAGACGACAGGCAUCUGCCCGGAUGGAGACGACUGUCCUUAUUUACACCGGACAACUGGUGACACAGAGCGCAAGUACCAUCUACGCUAUUACAAGACGGGCACUUGUAUCCACGAGACGGAUGCUCGAGGGCAUUGUGUGAAGAAUGGACUCCACUGUGCUUUCGCUCACGGGCCACAUGAUCUCCGACCUCCCGUCUAUGAUAUCAGAGAGAUUCAAGCACAAGAGGCCCUUCAGAAUGGACAGUUGGGAUCAGGGGAAGGUAUUCCUGAUCUGCAGCCCGGUGUGUUAGCCAGCCAAGCUAUGAUUGAGAAAACUCUGACGGAGGACCCCCGGUGGCAAGAUACCAACUUUGUUUUAGCCAACUACAAAACGGAUCAGUGUACGAAGCCCCCACGACUAUGCAGACAGGGCUACGCUUGCCCCCACUACCACAACAGUAGAGACCGACGACGAAAUCCUCGAAAGUUCAAAUAUCGGUCGACUCCGUGCCCAAACGUGAAACACGGGGACGAAUGGGGCGAACCCUCCAAGUGUGACAGUGGAGACGGCUGCCCGUAUUGUCACUCUCGCACCGAACAGCAGUUUCACCCAGAGAUCUACAAAUCUACCAAAUGCAAUGAUAUGCGACAGACUGGAUACUGUCCCAGAGGACCGUUUUGUGCAUUUGCACAUGUAGAAAGAAUUCCUUCUACAGAAGAGACCAUGAGCUCAUUGCUCACAGUGAUACAGUCGAGUUCACAGGCCCAGCUGGGCUCUCAGCAGUAUUCAGAGUGUGCAGUCAGUGAGUGGAACAGCGGAGGCAACUCCGCAACCAGUAGCAACGGACAAGUAGGAAGUGUUUCAUGUUCUAAUAGCUCGACUGUAACUCCCAGCUCAGGAAGCGACAGUUUGUUAUCCCCAGUGGGAUCCAUCAGCAGGCCCCGCCCCUUAACUAGUCGUAGUUUAUGCUCAGAGUCCACCCCAUCCAGUGUCUCACCUCUGACGUCUCACUAUCCUAGAGCUCCGGGCUCUGAACGUGAGGAUCAGAUGAAGAACAAGGGACAGGUGGAUCACAAAUUAACGGACCAAGAAAAGCAGACACAAAACACCGUAUUCUCUGCUGUGAACCCUUUGGCAUCGAGCUUUACCUCCAGCAUAACAUCCAGCUUGGCCUCGAGCGUCGGCUCAGAAAGCUCUUCACCCACCACCUUAUCAACGAUGAAUGCAAAGGCCACUCCUUUCUAUCCGGGGAGCAACACCGUGGAGUCUGUCAUCGGAUCCGCGUUGGACCUCAACUUCAGUGACAUCAACGUUGCGUCUCUCGAGAAGGAGUUGGAGGAGCAAGACGACAGUGUCGGGCUGGCGAGUCAAAGGGUGCUCGCUGGCUCGGCCCCGGUCAACAUUCCCGGCUCCCUGGCUCGAUCGUCCUCGUUUAAUUCCUCGUCGUCGCUCUCCACCUCCCCGCUCAGCUCCCUCUCCCAGUCGCUGUCGCAGUCCCUGCUGUCUGCGACGCUAUCGCAGCAAAAUCAUUCUUCAAACAUGUUGGCCAAGCAAGAGCACGGCCUCCUGGGAACCCCCACCUCCUCUUCCCAGAAUUCAUUGGGCUUGAAUGGCGGGGCGAGCAGCAUCUGGGACUUUGUGAGUGGCAGCUUUUCACCGAGUCCAUCUCCAGUUUUCAGCAGCCUCGCCUCGGCUACCAGCAGUGCCGACCUGGCUCGCCUUUUCAGAGACCUGGACGAGGCCAAGAGGAAGAUCAAGCAAUGGGAGGAGGCCUGGCAUCAGGUCAAGCAAGCCUGCGAAGCUUGCCAGAAAGACGCGCAUGAAGCAAAGGAGCGAGCGAAAACGUCCGAGGCAGAGCGUCAGCUGGCGGAUCAGAAAUGGGAGGAAACUGAGCGCAAGCUGAAAGCGCUCCAAGGGGACUUUGAUGUGCUUUGUCGCACCCCUGGAACUCCUCUUCUUCGUAGCUAUAGAGAGCUAGACAAGCUCCCCUUGUCAAAGCUCCACUCCAUCCAGAGUCAGCUGCGUAAUGACCUUGACCUUAUAGAAGGGGUAAUAUAUCAGCUUCAGUCAAAGAAAUGUAUAGUUUGCCAAAAGCAUGAUCGCUGCAUUGUUCUGCAGCCGUGCCAGCAUUAUGUACUAUGUGAGAACUGUGCACCUAGUAAAACAGAAUGUCCCUAUUGUAGAACAAAAAUAUUGAAGUGGUGAUGUAAAAUGACUCGAGGUACUAUUUAAAGAUUUAGCCCUUUUGAAAAACUACUAAUAGAUAUUACAUUUUCUAAAUUGCAAUGUCUGUUUCAUACAGUGAUUUGAAUUGACUUAGAAUACAAUGAUGUUUGACUGAGAAAUCAAAUAGUAUUAUGAAUUGGAUUGUGUACAGGGGAUUUCAUCAUUAUAGCUUUUUGCUCAUUUUAUGUGCACGUUAACUUCCUGACUGGAAAGCCACACACUCGCAUUAGAAUAUCAAAUUAACUCGCUACGCCCUUUCCUCAAAUCCUUUGUUUACAUUUGUCAGCAAUACAUUUUGGCCAACCUGACAUAUUGCUCACACGGUAAAUAAAAAAAAUGACAUGCAAACGGGAUUGAUGCACGUUGUAUACUCAAAAGACAUUAACGAGAGUAAUUUGGUAUUUCUUCCUCCGUGUUUGGCUGUUAACGGAUUGGAUAUACUUUGGAAAUAUUGUGGAUAAAACUGAUCUCUUUAAGUUUAAUGCACUUAAAAAACCUUUUAAGGCUCCAGAGCUAUAUAUAUAUAUAUAUAUAUAUAUAUAUAUAUAUAUAUAUAUAUAUAUAUAUAUAUAUAUAUAUAUAUAUAAUUUGAAGAAAGGAAACUCACUCACUGUAACUUUACUCUUGAAUCUUAACUGAAAAAAAGUUUAAUUAGGGCUAAUGUCUUUCUCAUACUGUAAGUCUUAUGGUCAUUUUUCAGUUAUUUUGAUGGUUGGGGGAAAUGUUGAUAAACCACAUAUGAUCUCAAAUGCGAAGAAAUCAAUGCGUUAACAUUUUAAGACUUACUGCCAGGAAAUGUCGUGUCACGUAAAACAUAAAAUGGGCAAAACUCAAACACUUUUCGUUAGUUAAAGAGGAACACAAUAAAUCAAAUAAUUCACUCGAGAGCUUUCGGGAAGCAAAUCGAGAAAUGAAACCACGCUUGCAUUCAACACUAAGUAAAGAAAAGAACAGUCAUCUUUUGGCCAACUAGAGACAGAAAUAAAGUAUUAGUGCUGGAACACACCUGUACCUGUAAUCACACGAAACCAAGGAAACGACACACUUGACCCAUCUUUGUGUUCCUCUUUAAAGUAAAGCCACAUUUUCAUAAACAUCUUUUAAAUGCAACCAGUCACGCAUCAUUAAGUUUGAUUUGUUAUUGAAGCACUUUGAUGACUGGGACUUUAUUAAAGGGUAUAUAGAAAUCUGCUUUAAGCUGCUUUGUAGGUAUUACUCUUGAUUUUCUUUUCUUUCUUUUUUUUAGAUUGAUAUUUUUUUCUAUAUAAGCUAAUGUCUGAAGCUUUUUGUGUGUACUAUGAAACAUCAUUUGGAUACUUCGUGUUUCCUAUUGUAAAAUCAUGGCAUGGUUCUACAUAUUAAGAUUUCAUAAAAAAACAGUACUUAAUAGUUUCUACUUUUCAUAGUUAGAUUUAUAAAAUUUCAAUCAAAUAAGUGCACAUUUAAAAUGCAUUUAGGCGUAACCAGCAGCUGUAAUAUCAGUGAGGCACAUGUAACAUGUUAAGGCUGUAAUUCAAUCAGUUAUUAUUAUUUUUUUAGAGAUUUAUAUAGCCUAGCCUAUUAGAAAAGCAUGUGUUGUAUUUGCUAAAAGCCUGAGAUGGUGAUUUUGUAGGACUCUAGUCUCUUGUCUAGAACAUAUCGGCCUCUAACUCUAAAGUGCCUUGCCUUAGUUAAAAAGGUUAUGUGUAGAAUUGUCAGAGCGAAACACAAGUAGUCGAAGCUUGUGCAAAAGGUUUCUGCAAAACGUGUCUUGCAGAAACAUUGACGUGUGUAUGACCUGAAGCGCGUGUGCGUGUGUGUGUGUGUGUGUGUGUGUGUGUGUGUGUGUGUGUAUAAAUAUAUGCCAGUGUAUUUGGCCCACUCUCAUUACGUUAUUAUGAUAACUGAAAGCAAAACAUGGUCAGCACCCGUGUGCUGACUUCCACUUGGAAAGGAACCGUAGUUGACUUGUAAAUUGGACAGGACUUGUGCUUAGGUUCCUCUAAUUGAAAUGACCUUCUACUGUGUUUUUAAAAAAAAAAGCUUUUUAUCCAUGCGUUAAAUUCAAUAGAACAUCAUGUAUCUCCAGGUACACCUUUUGCUACUUCUAAAUAUGAGAAAAUGCAUUGUUUACAUUCAUAUAAAUGACAUCUAAGCAACUCAGAGGAAAAUAAUCCAGAAAGGUUAUGGUAUUUCAGCAUUUAUAUAAUUUGAAUUCAUUAUAGUACAGCGUAAAAGGCAGGCUAAGCACUUCUGGUAUUGCAUGGUAUAUAUAUAUUAACCAGCUACUAAAAUGAAAAGGAGAAAAAAAAAGUUUGCACUGUGUCACACUGCCAGAAUAUUUGUAUAGACUUAAUUUUAGUGUAGUAAUGGCUUCAUAGCUUCUGCAAGCUUCGCUGCUACUGGAAAAGGUAUUAAUGUUGUUUCUUGUUAUACAUUUAGAUGUUUGAAUGUUGUUGUGCAUCCACGGCUCAGAUUUCCAAAACUAUGAAAUAAUCUUCCGCAUCUAAUUUAACUAAAUUUAAGUCAAAGGUUCAGUACUUUUGCAUAUCACUAGGAAUGAUGUCACAGACCUGUACUGCUGUAGAUUGUCCCUUUUUUUUUUUUUAAAGAAAAAAUGGUCCGAAUGGUAAAAGUACAUUUGUUGGGUUUCUCUUCCCCCAUUGUAUACGGUAGAGCUAGUUUUACAGGGCCGAUUUAGUUGAUUUAGCCAACUAAAAUAUUCAUGUCUCGUGUGGGAAUCUGAAAAUCAACCAAAGUGGUGCGCUAGUCGCUGUCCACAUGUGUAUUCUAGAGAGAAAAUGUACCCUUGAACAUAAUUCCAAUAAUUCCUACGGUAUAAUGGGACAUAUCGGCCUGAAUGUGCUAGGCGGAGGAGCACCGAGGCCAUCCGGAUGAAACUGACAGCAUUGUGAGUGGCAGGACUUCUGUUUUUGGAUGGAUCUUUGCUUUAAUAUUUCCUCGUAUUGAGUAAACAACAGGAUUAUGCCAAUGGCUUUUGCUUCCAACAAUAAUGGACUUGAGCCCAUUUUUUUUUGUUGCAGUUUUACCAAAGACUUUAACUGUUAUUUCUUUUUUGUUGUCGCUACAUUUCAUUAUUUGUUUUAUUUCAGUAACAAAAACCUAAAUUGAUUUUAAAACAAUAAUCACCUAGUACCUUAACUAGAUAAUGUUCAUUAACGGCAAUUAAUGGCCUCUUUUUCUAUCUUAAGUUAGCUAUAGUGAGUUGAUAACAUAAAUGGUUAAAAAUGCAUGGUCCUUACAAAACGUGUAUUUGUACAUUUGAUUUUGUGUUAAGUUUAUGGCGUAUAGCAGGCCUGUGCAACAGUGGCCGGCACAUGCCGAUCUUAAGUGAGGAUUCAGUGUCAGUAUAAAUGUUGUCUCCAGUGAAGGAAGGUCAAAGGUGAAUGACAAGUGUGCUUCUGAAGUGGCCAUAUACACCUUGUUUGUUGACGUUGCUUAACUACAUAAUCUCAAUCACUUUGGAAGUUGACGGUUAUGCAUUAUAUGCUGUUAUGAUCGGCCUACAGUGACUGUAAGGGGCUUUCUUUCUAUCUGACUCUUGUUUUCUAUUUCUUAAAGCAGGGGUCCAAAUUAGUUUUUGUAAAAUGACGGGACAGGCGACGAUUGUGAUAAACAUUGAUGGCAGAUACAGACAUAAAUAAAACUGAGUUGUUCGUAA